UAUUGGACAUUGAUUGAUUGCCUAUUGGACCUGGAUUGAUCGACUUUGAAAAACAAGUGUGUCGCGGAUAAAAUUCUCCCACAUUUUUGUUUUUUUUUUACCCGUCACUACGUUUUCAUAACUCACGCAGACUCCGUCUGAUCUUAACCGCAAGGCAGCCUUGAUCGGCCGUGUUUGAGUGUGCGUGUGUCUUUAAGACCGUCAGCCUACCUGUUGUGGGCAUAGUCUGCGGUCAACUCCGCAACGUGUUCUGGAGUCGGGGGGGCGAGCUGGACCGUCCCCUCAUCACCGGACACGGACGACGUGACACGCGACCGUCACGGUCUCGUUUGGGAACCGCUGUAGUCGGGCGAGCGUGGCCGUCGCUCCCGUGGGAACUCCCGUGCGAUCGGCGUCACAGGCGACCGCGAGAUCGAACCAAAAACGCCCAGCAUGCGCGUUUCUCCCGCCGCGGGCUCCCGCGCGUCGGCGCUACGGGCAUGACAUCGACGGCCGGUCGCGGUGUCACGGUCUCGGUUUUCGGCCCCGCUCCGACGGCAACUUUAGGAGGGCUCGUUCGUCGCCCGCCGCACUUUUUUGGAUCGUGUCGGAAUUUUCAAAAUGGUUCACGGGAGCCUUCCGCGCCCCGUCUCCUGCCAACUACCACGGAGCCCCCUCGUCGCCGGCGAGCGCAAAAGUUCGGCGGUUUGCUGAAGAAGCGAGAUCAACGAGCAGCCACCCGGGCGGAGGAAUGGCAACCAAGGAGCGGCUGUACGAGCUGUGGAUGCUGUAUUACACGAAGGCUGGAGGAAUGUGGCUCAGAGGUGCCGCUGCUCCCCAGGGAGGUCCUGGUGUUCCUCAGCACUCAGCUAUGGCACAGUGCGCUACAACUCUCUGGAUCCGAGCAAGAUGGCAGCACCCCACACCCCCUUCUCCUCAUCAAGUUCUUCAUCAUCGUCUGCAGGAAUAUGGAGAACAUCGACCCAGAUAAGACGCCUGGCUUUGUUUUUGAAACUAUCAAGCUGUUGAAUUUCUGUUUGAAUCAGCUGAAGAAGGGAUCAGAGGAUCCAUCCUCCCUCCAGCUGGUAGUGCAGUAUGGACUCCUGCUCUGUGAGAGUCUGUUUGACCCUUAUCAGACAUGGAGGAGACACUUGGCAGGGGAGGAGGUGAGCUUGGUGGAGAGGAAAAAGUAUAAAUUCUCCCCUUUGCCCUUGCCUGAGGAGCUGCCCGUUCUCUUCCACGAAAGCCUGCAGGACAGCGAGCAGAUCCCCGAGCUGCUCAUCUUGAGACUGGUUCAUUUUCAAGGUGCCGUCAUCAGUGGAGGAAAGAAGAAUGGCCUUCUCUCCAUCACCCCCCAAUCUGUGGAGGACCUCCUCUCUCUUCUGCGGGCGUGGUGCGGUCAGACGUCCGCGGAGCCCAAGGACGCCAAGCUUGUGCGGCUGACUUUGCAAUGCCUCACCAACAUGAUCCACAUCCUGCACGCCAGCAGCCCCGCAGAGCGACAGGUGGACAUCAAGACCAUCCUGGAGGGCUACUUUCAGCUCCUCAACUGGAACCGGCCACCAGGCAGCCACCAGGAAGACAAGCAGAGCUGGGAGGAGAGUCUGAUAACCCUCCAGAGCCACAUGCUAACUGCUGUGCCGGAGAUCCUGCAGUGUGCCGACAGGCCCGUCCUGCAGGCCGUCUUCCUCAACAACAACUGCUAUGAACACAUCCUACGACUCAUUCAGAACAGCAAGCUCUAUCAGAGCAGCAGGCGUAGGCCGGAACGUGAGGGUGUGUGUGACCUUACCACACAUUUACUCACGGAGGUCGAGGUGGACCAGGUGUGGGAGAGAAGAUCUGACAGCAUCACUGUCCAUGCCCUAGGAGUCCUCACGGCCAUCAUGAGUAACUCUCCCUCCGCUAAGGAGGUUUUCAAAGAGAGGAUUGGCUACUCUCAGCUGUUCGACGUGCUGAAGAGUCAAGGUCAGCCCACCAAAAGGCUGCUGCAGGAGCUGAUGAAUAUGGCAGUGGAGGGUGAGCAUGUGCAUGCCCAUCACUUGGGCAUCAGUAAUGACCAGCCGCUGCUGCUGCUCCUCCAGUGGCUGCCCGAUCUGUCGGGUCAGAGGGAUCUCCAGCUGUUGGUGGCCCAGUGGCUAGCUGCUGUGUGUGGCGGCUCCUUGUCCUGCCGCACUGUGGCCGUGGAGGCCGGCAUGGUGGAGGCUCUGCUCCAGGUCCUCGCCCGGCCUCAAAACCUAGACAGGCAGUGUGCUGACGCCCUCCUGGGCCUCCUCCAAGACCUAGGCUCCCUGUGUCUGAGACCAGAGGAGCUGAAGAACCUACUGAGAAUGCUGAGGGUGGACCAGGACAAAUCCACCGGCCCGGGCAGGGGAAUCCACCCCUACUGCACUCGCAUCAUCAGGGUGCUUUCAGCCAUGGCUUCCAGGGAAGGCCGGGGUAGCGCCCUGCAGUACUUUGACCUUACGCCCCCUAUGGCGGGCAUCAUGGUGCCCACUGUGCAUCGCUGGCCGGGGAGUGGGUUCGCCUUCCACGCUUGGCUUUGCCUUAACAUGGAUUUCCCCUCUGCCGCCAGCACAUCCUUAGCUAGCACUGGCACCCAGCACAGCAUGGGAAAAGGACCACGGAGGAAACAGCUCUACAGUUUCUUCACAGCAAGUGGGACAGGGCUAGAAGCCUUCUUCACCAUGGAGGGAGUGUUGGUGGUGGCUGUUUGCACUGAGAAAGACUACAUGGCCGUGCCACUGCCAGACAACCCACUAAAUGAUUCUUGUUGGCAUUCGGUGGCUAUAGUCCAUAUUCCUGGCCGUUAUCCGUUUGGCCAGAACCUGGUGUCCAUCUACAUUGACGGAGAGCAGCGUAAGACCGCUCAGCUUCACUUCCCUUCUUUCAACGAGCCUUUUACUUCCUGCUGCAUCGGCUCGGCAGGCCACCGGACCACUACCACCACCACCUCCCCCACCCUGCCCGUAGCUCCCACCCUGCCGCCGGCAGAGUUUUCCUUCCCUGCCCACGGCCCUUCUCUCACUCGCUCCCAGUCCUUCCCGGCGUCGUUUGCUGGCGGGCGUUGGGGGGCGAUACACGACACCCCGGUGCACACUAUCCCGGCGGGGCUUCAGGACACCGAGUGGGGGACACCCACGUCCCUGGACGGCCUACUGGGCACGGCCUUCAUCUGCCACGAGGCCCUGCAGCCUACCCAGGCUGAAACGCUACACGUUGCAGGCCCCAACCACGUGUCCUUAUUCAAAGCUGACGGAGAACUGUCUGAGCUCAACAGCAAGCUGCUGCUCUACUACACCCCACAGGCUUUUAAGAGUCAGAUCUGUCUGGAUCUGUCGCCCAACCACAGCUAUGAUGGCCGACUUACCGGGCACAGGGUGGUGAACUGGGACAUCAAGGAUGUGGUGAAUGUGGUGGGGGGCAUCGGGGUGCUGUUGCCCCUGCUGGAGCAGGUAUGUGAAGCCGAGCAGGUGGACAACGGUAGUCAGGAGACAUCGGACCUGCUGGGACCAGAGCUCACCUCGUCCAGGGGCCCCGCAGCCAUGUUGCUCCCACUGAGCAAGUCCUGCGAGGGCAGACUGGAGAGAAACAGUGUUGCCGCCUUCCUGCUGAUGGUGAAGAACCUGAUUCGUCGCCACCCUGUCAAUCAAGACAGCCUUCUGCACUGCCACGGCCCGAGCAUCAUAGGAGCCAUGUUGAGCAAGGUUCCAGGCACCAUGAUUGACAUGAACGUUCAGAUGGCCUGUAAGCACCUCCUGGAGCAGGUUUGUAGCGAGGGCAACACCGCCCUACUGCAGCAGCUCUACCAGCACCUGCUCUUCGACUUCCGCAUCUGGACCAAAAGCCACUUUGCUGUCUGUCUGGCCCAUGUGCAGUACCUGUCAACUGUGAUCAAGCUUGGCAAGCAGCGCAUGAGGAGGAAGUACGGGGUGCAGUACAUCCUUGAUACCAUUCGCACGUACUACAGUGUGGAGAAAGAUGGCAGCCAGCUGUCUGAUGGGAAGCAGAUGGUCCAGGCCUCCCUGUUCUCCCUGCUGAAAGAUCCCCUCCUCAAGUCCCCCACGCCAGAGGAGCUGCACCAGUUCCUGGCCUAUGUCCUGACUGCAGGAGAGGAGCAACAGGUGGUGAAUGCAUUGGACAUUCUGUACGAGCUCCUGCGGAGCAGCCCGCCCCGGGAGCAGGUGCAGGCGGUGCUGCUGGAGUGGGGCGUGGAGCAGCUCUACUGCCUGCUGCUCAACCCCAGCUUUGGAGACGAGGCCAGGGAGAAGGUCUUCAGGGUGUUGUACAAAAUCCUCAAGAGUGAGCGAGUAUCAGAGCGCGCCAAGCAGCGCAUUAAGCUGAAGGAUUUCGGCUAUCUUGGCCUGGUCUGUUUCCUAGGAGACGGCCCAGUAACCAUGACCACCGUGCGUUGCCUGUAUGAGCAAGUCCUCGCCACAGACGCCAGUCCCCACUUCAGAGACCUCCUGGCUGUGGUCCAUCUGUCCCACAGAGCUGAGCUCACUGUCCGUCUGGAUGUCUGUCGCAAGCUCUUUCAUCUGAUCUACUCCAACGAGGACUACGUGAAGCAGCUGGCCAAGCAGCCUGGCUGGCAGGAUGUUCUCACUACGCUGUACGUGAAGGAGUCCUAUGAGUCACAUGCGGCCAAACUGGCGGGCUCCAGCACCCAUGGCUCCCUGGAGGCCACCGCCCGACCCCCACUCCGUAGGGACCCCUCCCUGGUGAUAGAAGAUGCACGCACAGACAUCUUCCUGAGCUUCCCAUCCUCGCAGGAUGAGGAGGACGAUGAGGAGGAGGAGGAGGAUGAUGAAGGGGGCCAGCGGGACAUCUCGGAGGGAUUCUCGGAUCUGUCCCAGUCACCUCCCAACGGAGGCGGGGGCCCGCUGAAGAACUACACGGGCUCCCUCCAUUUUAAGUCGUUUGAUUCAGUGGAGCAGGGGAGCCGCUCGUCCUCCAUAUCCAACAUGGUCGACAUCCCCUCCCCACGCCGCGAUGAGGAUGGACUCUACCAUCACCUUUCCCCGUUUGGGACCUCCCCCUUCGAACUGGACAUCGGAGGCAUGGGUGACGCUGGAACAGGCAUGCACACCCCCGCAGGAAGUCAGGCGGAAACACCGUCACCCCUGGAGCACAGCAAGCCCUUUCCCUCCCUUAGACCCAGGAAAAGCUCCAGUCUGUCCAACGUGCUGGACGACGCCAGCUUUGGGACGGACCCUCCCACAGGAGACACCAUCUCCAACACAUCCAACUCACAGACUCCAGAGGAGGAACUGUGCAACCUGCUAACCAACAUCGUGUUCUCGGUGUUGUGGAGCGGCAGCGUGGCGGAGCGGGGCGAGGACGUGGUGUGGCGGGAGAGGGGGCAGGUCUUCUCGGUCCUCACCAAACUGGGCUCUUCCUGCCAGUUAGUCCGCCCACCCGAUGACAUCAAACGCAGUCUGUUGGAGAUGAUGCUGGAGUCCGCCCUGUCCGACCUGAGGGACUCCCAGGGGGUGUCGCUGCCUUUCUGCCCCAGCCUGGUGAGGCUCCUCAGGCUGCUGCAGGACUUCCUGUUCGCUGAGGGCACCGACAACCGCGCUCUUUGGAGUGAGAAGAUCUUCGAGGGGGUGGUGAACCUGUUGGACAGGUUGCAAGCCUGGCACAGCAGCCUCGGAAACACCGAGCUGAGGGAGAUGGCCCAGAUCGGUCUGCGCAUCAUCACUGGCUAUAUCCAGCAGCAGCAGUCACAGGUGUGUGUGAUGGCUUGCGUCAAGCUCCACAGCCUGCUUCAGAAGGUGCUGUGCCUGAGUUGGGAGGAAGUGUGUUUCCUGCUGGGGCGUAUGGGCGCCCCGCUGUGGUCGGAGGGUGUAAUGUCCACUACCAACUGCGCACAAUCCGAGACCUUUUUCCAGCUGGUGCCCAUUGUGCGCACCCUUCUUGACCAGCAUGCCGACCCCAUCAUCCUGCAGAACCUGCUGCCCAACCUGCCCGUCACCAAUGGCAGUGCCACAUUCACCCAGGACCUGCACACCUAUUGCCAAACACUGGAGUGGCAAGAUUUCUACCUGCACCAGGUCGAACCCACCAUGGAGCAGUAUGAGCUGGACACAUUCGGACGGAGCCACGACCUCAUGUCCAACUUCUGGAAUUCCUGCUUUGAUGACCUGAUGAGCACGGCCAUUAGACGAGACAAAGACAGAUCUGACAGCAAAAACAAGUUUCAGGAAGUGAUUGUCGACCCCUACCUGAAGCGGGUGCGGUGUGAGAACAGCAGAUACCUCAGUUGUCAGAAACAGAGCUCCAGCCAGCAGGGGGUGGUGUGGCGCCACUGGAGAUCUCUCCGCCGCCUUUUGACCAGCGAGAGAGGAGCCUGGGCAAACAGCUUUCAGCCGGAGGUGAAAUGGAAGCUGUCCAACGCGGAGACCUACUCAAAGAUGCGCCUCAAACUUGUUCCCAACUACAACUACGACUCUCACGGUGAAGCCAGCGCCCUGAGGGACAACAUGGGCGCUGAAAGCCCUCGUAGCUCGGAACCUCUUCCCCUGGCGGUCGCCAAGGAGGCCAAAGUGAGCGACAUGGAGGAUGAUCAGUUAGGAGAGGAAGACCUCGUCUUUUUGGAUAACAAGGUCAAAGGGGAAGACGAGAGUCAGAAGGAGAAGCUGGUUCUCUCCGAGGACUGCGAGCUCAUCACCAUCAUGGCGGUGGUCCCGGGUCGUCUGGAGGUCACCACGCAUCAUCUUUACUUCCACGACGGCAACAGUGAGAAAGAGGAGACGGAAGAAGGAAUAGGGUAUGACUUCAAGAGGCCUUUGUCUCAGCUGAGAGAGGUGCAUCUGAGGCGCUACAACCUGCGUCGCUCUGCUCUCGAGCUCUUCUUCAUCGACCAGGCCCACUACUUCAUCAACUUCAGGAAGAAGGUGCGGAACAAGGUGUACUCCAGGAUAUUAGGGCUCCGUCCCCCCAACCUCUUCUAUUUUGGGUCCCGCUCCCCCCAGGAGCUGCUGAAGGCCUCUGGACUAACACAGAAAUGGGUCUGCAGAAAAAUUUCCAAUUUUGAAUAUCUGAUGCAAUUGAAUACCAUCGCCGGGCGCACGUACAAUGACCUGUCCCAGUACCCGGUGUUCCCCUGGGUUCUGUGUGACUACACCUCCCCGGUUCUGGAUCUGGAGGACCCGGCAGUGUUUCGGGACCUUUCCAAACCCAUCGGCGUGGUCAACUCACGCCACGCACAGAAUGUCAGGGAAAAGUAUGAGAGCUUCGAAGACCCAGCAGGUACCAUCGAUAAGUUCCACUAUGGCACACACUACUCUAAUGCAGCGGGAGUUAUGCACUACAUGAUCCGCAUGGAGCCCUUCACCACCCUGCACAUACAGCUGCAGAGCGGCAGGUUUGACUGCGCUGACCGGCAGUUCCACUCGGUGGCUGCGGCUUGGCAGGCUCGCAUGGAGAGCCCCGCCGAUGUCAAAGAGCUCAUCCCAGAGUUCUUCUACUUCCCAGAGUUCCUGCAGAACAUGAAUGGCUUUGACCUGGGCUGUCUGCAGAUGUCUCAGGAAGCGGUGACUGAUGUCCUGUUGCCACGAUGGGCCAUGUCGAGAGAGGACUUCAUCAGGAAGCAUAGGAAAGCUCUGGAAUGUGAGCAUGUGUCCAGUCACCUCCACGAGUGGAUCGACCUCAUCUUUGGCUACAAGCAGAGAGGCGAGGAAGCGGUUGAAGCCCUCAAUGUUUUCUAUUACUGCACCUACGAAGGUGCAGUCGAUCUGGACGCCAUAGCAGAUGAGACGGAGCGCAAGGCCCUGGAAGGCAUCAUCAGUAACUUUGGCCAGACCCCUUGUCAGCUGCUGAAGGAGCCUCACCCUUCUCGUAUGUCGGCUGAGAACACGGCCAGGCGGCUGGCCCGCCUGGACAUCCUGCCCCCCAAUCUCUUUGAGCAGCUUGACAAACUGCGGCCUUUUGUAGAGGUGGUGAGCGAUGGCCUUCCUCUGGUUCAGGCAGUGGUACCUAAGAUUCAGAACCGUUCCUUCAUCAGCCAGGGCUUGGAUACUCUGGUGACCGUAAGUGCCAACGGUUUGAUAGGCACACACGGCUGGCUGCCGUAUGACAAGAACAUCGCCAACUACUUCACGUUCACCAAGGACCCCACUGUCGCCAAUCUCAAAACGCAGCGUUUCCUAAGUAGACCCUUUGCCCCCGGGGUGGAGAUGGGCGCCCAGGUGCUGGUGGUGUCCAACGACGGGCGUCUUCUGUUCAGCGGCGGCCACUGGGAUGGCAGCCUCCGUGUCACCCAACUGGGCAAAGGCAAGCUGGUGGGCAGGAUCUGCCGGCACAUUGAUGUUGUUACAUGCUUGGCUCUGGAUCUGUGUGGCAUCUACCUCAUCUCUGGUUCAAGGGACACAUCCUGUAUCGUGUGGCAGGUUCUACAGCAGGGUGGGUUCUCGGUCGGCCUUGCUCCGCGGCCGGUGCAGGUUCUCUGUGGACACGACCAGGAGGUCACCUGUGUGGCCAUUAGCACUGAACUGGACAUGGCCGUCUCAGGGUCAAAGGAUGGCACAGUGAUCGUGCACAGCGUCCGCCGAGGCCAGUUCCUGCGAACGCUGCAGCCCCCCAGCGAGGGCUGCGUGCCGGCCCACAUCUCUGCGCUCCAGGUGGGCUUGGAGGGCCACAUUGUGGCACAGACCUCCCAGGAGGGACCCCUCAGUGGAAAGGGGAAGUACUCACUCCACGUGUACUCUGUAAAUGGCGGUCUGCUGUCUUCUAUCACCGCCGAGGAGGCGGUGACCACUCUCCACCUCGUGACUGACUACAUCAUCGUGGGCACCUUUCAGGGAAACCUCCAGAUACGGGAUUUAUUGAGUCUGGACCUGGUGGUGGCACCUCUGGCCCUGAAGCUGCCGGUGAGGAGUGUGUCUGUCACCAAGGAGUUCAGUCACAUUCUGGUCGGCCUCGAGGACGGGAAGCUCAUUGUGGUGGGGGCGGGGAAACCGGAGCAGGUGCGUUCAGGACAGUUCUCCCGGCGCCUCUGGGGCUCCACGCGCCGAAUCGCCCAGGUGUCCUCCGGAGAGACCGAGUACAACCCCAUCGAGAGCACCGGCAAAUGAAAUGACCCCCCACAUCUACCACAAUAGGGCAUUUUUUUUUAAAGAUUUUAAGGAGCGGGUACAAGGAUUUCGAGGACUCCGCGGGUCGAGGACGGAUAACGCAACCGAGGAGCUUACCCGACUCGCCGAGGCCUUCCUCAGCCUGCUCCGAAAGCUGGAAAACCAUCGUCCCCGACCUCUUAUCUCUGAGAGAGCCACUUUACACUGAGCACUUUUUUCCACCGAAAAGAAUUCAAUAUUUUAAUACGUUUUUGUUUUUUUUAAAUAAUGUUUUAUGCUUUGUUUUUAAUCAGCAUCAUUCCAAAGAGAGGCCUUCUUCUUCUUCUGCGCCGUGGCGAGGUUCGAGUCUUCUUGUGGCUACGAACCGAUGUUACGGCGGAUGAAGUGAGUCAUAUUUUGGGGGGGGGGGGGGGCCUGGAGACGCUGUGACUCACUAGGGUGCAGGCCCGGACUCGGAAAGCGGCACACAGUCAGGCGGCAUAAAAGGCUGUGAACUCCCUGCCCUCCGUCCCCACCACCCCCCACCCCCACCCCCGGCCUGGCCCGUUAGUUGCCAGAGGAUCAGCCCGCCUUUCCUGUCAGCUGAUUGCUCCGAAAGCCUUUUCUCUUUUUUUGGCAACGGCGUCUUCUUUGAACUCGGUCAAAUUUGGAGGAAAAAAAAAAGGGGGGGAAUGUUUCCAGGCUGCAGUACCACGGACGCCACCAGAGGGUUGACUUUGUGCACAUGUGAAUGUACCGGGACUGGGGGGGUGAGGGUGGGGUGGGGGGCUGGAUGAAUCAGUGUUGUGUUGCUGCCGCCAGCGGCUGACGUCAGGAGUCAGUGAGCCGUGGUCGGCGCCCGGAGGGAUCCUCGCACCGGAGCGGGACCGGGCCUGGAGCAACAUGGAAAUGUUAAAGCAAUAUUUUCUCUGAUGGUCAAGGCUGGUAUUUAAAACGCAUUGGGGCUUGGGUCACGUGACCUCGCAGCUCGGGCGCGGCGAGUCUUGAGGAGGAGCAGCGGCGCUCCGUUGCUUUACGCAGAGGAGAACGGGCCGCCGUUUGACACGCACGCGCCUGUCGCCGUGGGAGCUCUGUUUGAACGCAGCCUAUCGGAUUACUGUAUCUGUCCUUUUAUGUGACCUGAAAAGUGCCUUUUGCAUCCUCUAUUAGGGCCUCCCACACACACACACACACACACACACACAGUAUUUCCAGCUGUCAGUUUCUUCCGUCACAUCUGUUCUGCUAAAUAUCAGCUCAUCAAACGAUGUGUCGACGAAUGGGCAUAACCCCCAACGCGCCCGCCACCUCCACGCCGAGCCGGCAACGAGCCACGGGAGGCGUUUUGCUCGUUUGCUUGUUUGCCCGGCUGCUCGUCGGACACACACACACACACACGCUGACUGAUCACCCCUGAAGCACGGAGGACGUUUGUGAAGAGACGAUGACUGAAACACACGAGCAGCGAGCCUUUGUGACGGAGCGGAGGAAUGCACUUCCUGCCGGCUCCUCCGCUGUGGUCGGAGCGGGCCGGUUAUUACGCACUGUC